AAGAGCCUUUCGACAAUGGUUUCUCUGUGUGAGCAGAGAGCAGAGAGCAGAGAGCAGAGAAAUCGAGUCCCUGGAUGAAGUGCAAGCCAUGUUGGCGGCUGCCCUCUCUUUCCCUUCACCAAUCUAUGCAAAUUCUAAAACCUAUCAAAGCUUGAACCUCAGACUUAGAGCAUCAAUCGUCAACUAUCCUCUUGCAAGCAGAAUCUUCGUUAGAAAUUUGCCAUAUUCCACCAAAGAAAGCAGUUUGCAGAAGGAAUUUGCAAAUUUUGGCCAAAUAGCUGAAGUUAAGCUUGUCAAGGAUGAUUUCACAAAAAGAUCAAAAGGAUAUGCAUUUAUUCAAUAUACUUCUCAGGAUGAUGCAAUGCUCGCUGUAGAGAACAUGGAUCAACAGGUAUUUGGUGGCAGGCCGAUAUAUGUUGAAAUAGCAAAACCUGGAAAAGACAGGUUCAGAAGAUAUCCUAAAACCUCAGGACCCCCAAUGGAUAAGCAGCACUUGCAAGAAGACGUGGCAGACUGCUGGUACUAAUCAAAUCCAGCUUGAUCAAACGAAAAGUUGUGGGACAAAAGGUGACGUGGUGAAUGACAGCACCAAGUAGCACUAUCAUUCAAGGAGAAUUAUCUUGUUAAGUUAGUUUGCCAGGCAAGUGUUGAAUUAUUAUGGUUUCUGGCUGAAAUUGCUGCUUAAAGAAAUAAACAAAAAGGGUGAUACAAUUUUCAUGACAGUUCUAUCUGUCCUCCUUAAUGUGAUCAGGGGAAUUCCACAUGAAUGCCUAUUGUUCUCAAUUAAAGUUA